CCUCCUCCGAAAACCCCAAAAAGCCACUACUGCUGCCGCUGCUGGCUGCCGCGCGCUCAGUGAUUAUUCCGCUCUCGCUCAGCUGAGUGUCGGCAGCUUCAAAGCUCAGCAUCACUUUCUUUCCCGUCUCUUUCCCAGUCACCGCACUGCGAAUCCGCGAGGUGAGGUUCAUAGCUCCACAGCUCAGCACCUGACUGUGCACACUAGCAAGCAGCCCGCCGGGACACCGAAAGGGGUUUAAAAAAAAAAAAAAAAAAAAAAAAAAGGGUGGGGUGUGGAGGGACGACAAAUGCUCGAGACCCGCAGCAGGUGGCCCCAGACCCGACGGGGAGGGAGACAAGCACAGCAGUGAUGGGACAGUUUUCGGGAGGAUGCUGCUGGAGUUUUUCCAUCCUCGUGCUUCUUGGUUUGCAAGUCCCGGCGACGUUAGCUCGAGGCCCCAGAGGUGAAGCCCUGCAACAUGGCCAGUCGGGAACCCUGCCGCGCUUCUUGGAGGAGCCCGUCGAUGCCUACAUCAUCAAGAGCAACCCCAUCAAGCUCAGGUGUCAGGCCCGGCCCGCGCUCCAAAUCUUCUUCAAGUGCAACGGUGAAUGGGUCCACCAGAGCCAGCACAUGUCCCAAGAGCACACUGACGUCGUGACAGGGUUGAAGAUCCGCGAAGUGAUGAUCAACGUGUCCCGUCAGCAGGUGGAGGACUUCCACGGCCCGGAGGACUACUGGUGUUUGUGCGUCGCCUGGAGUCACCUGGGGACCUCCAAGAGCCGCAAGGCAAGCGUCCGCAUCGCCUACCUGAGGAAGAACUUUGAGCAGGACCCCCAGGGCACCGAAGUGCCUCUGAACGGCAUGAUUGUUCUGCACUGUCGUCCCCCAGAGGGAGUGCCAGUGGCUGAGGUGGAGUGGCUGAAAAACGAGGAACCCCUGAACGUUGGCGCCGACAGCGUGAUCAGUAAGAAGGACGGCCAUGAGCUGAUCGUCUCGGAGGCCCGCCUCUCUGACUCCGGCAACUACACCUGUGUUGCCAGCAACAUUGUGGCCAAGAGACGCAGUGCCACGGCUAUGGUUGUAGUCUACGUGAACGGAGGCUGGUCGUCGUGGAGCGACUGGUCGGCCUGCAACGUGCGCUGCGGGCGGGGCGUGCAGAAACGAUCGCGGACCUGCACCAACCCGGCGCCUCUCAACGGCGGAGCCUUCUGCGAGGGCAUGUCGGUGCAGAAGAGCACGUGCAACACCGUGUGUCCAGUCGACGGAGGCUGGGGGGAGUGGAGCGAGUGGUCUGUGUGUAGUCCUGACUGCGACAGGCAGCGCGGCAGAGAGUGCACGGCUCCGGAGCCCAAACACGGAGGACGGCUCUGCGACGGCGCGGCUUCGGCAGCGGAAAACUGCACAGGCGGCCUCUGCACUCAGAAUCGGAAGUUGCUCCAUGACGCAAAGCCACAGGGAGUGGAAAGAACCAGUGAUGUGGCCCUGUACUCAGGCUUGGCUGCGGGAGUGGUGACCGUGGUGCUGCUGAUCGUCGCCGUCACUCUGUAUCGGCGGAGCCAAAGUGAGUACGGGGUCGAUGUCAUCGACUCCUCUGCCCUCACUGGGGGCUUCCAGUCUUUCAGCUUCAAGACGUCUCGUCAAGCAAACCCCCUGCUCAUGAACUCAUCCAUGCAGCCGGAUCUCACAGUGUCCCGUACAUAUACCAGCCCCAUAUGUUUCCAGGACUCCAUUGACAAGGAGUUAAUGGCCGAGCACUCACUCCUCGACCCGCUGCCCGAUCUGAAGGCGAAAGGGGCGACAGAAAGGGCAGAGUACCACGUCAUGUCCCACCCUCAGACAUUUCCACGGGGUUUGGCUCCAGACUACAGAGGGGUUGCAGUAGGGACAACGCUGGGCAGGAGAGGCAAAAACCUUUUCACUCCGCGGGUCUUUCAGACGCUCAGCAGGCCUCUGCACAAAGCAACGGCGGUGUUUGGCCAUGCUGGAGGCAGGCUGGUGGUGCCCAACACAGGUAUCAGUCUGCUGGUGCCUCACGGGGGGAUCGCGGAAGACACUACCUGGGAAAUGUACAUGAGCAUCAACCAGGAGGACAGCAGCACUGUGCCGGAGGACGGGGCAGAGAUCUUUUUGAGUCCUGCCGUCACAUACGGCCCGCCAGGCCUCGACCUGUCCUGUCCAGUAGCCAUGACUAUAGCACACUGUGCAGAAGUUGCUGCUGACAACUGGACCAUCAGGUUAAAGAGACAAAUCCAGGACAAGUGGGAGGAAGUGAUGUCAGUGGAUGAGGAGAGCACGUCCUGCUACUGUCUGCUGGAGGCCCAGAGGUGCCAUGUGCUGUUGGAGCAGCCGGGUCGUUACGCGCUGGUCGGGGAGGCGCUGAACCAGGAGGCUGCCAAGCGACUGCGGCUAGCCGUCUUUGGCAGCCCAGACCUGAGCAACUCGCUGGGCUUCACCCUCAGGGUGUACUGUGUGGACGACACUCCCUACGCUUUCCAGGAGGUGGUGGUGGGGGAGCGCAGCAGGGGCGGGCGGCUCCUCGAAGAACCCAAAAUUCUGCUGUUCAAGGGGAACACGUUCAGCCUCCAGGUGUCCAUCCAGGACGUCCCGCGGUUACUCUGGAGCAUCAAGCCUUUCACCACCUGCCAGGAGUUCUCCUUUUCUCAGGUGUGGGCCAGUAACCGGUGUCCCCUGCAGUGUGCCUUCUCUCUGGAGCGCUACAGCCUCUCCUCGUCUCAGCUGUCCUGCAAGAUCAGCGUGCGGCAGGUCACAGGAGAGGAGCAGAUACUCCAGAUCUACACGUCUGUCGUGGAGAACGAAAAAGGAGCGGUUCCCUUUUUCACGCAGUCCGACUGCACCAUCACCUCUCAGACAGGAUCGAAGGCCUUCAAAAUCCCCCCGUCCAUCCGGCAGCGGAUCAGCGCCACCUUUGACACGGCCAACGCCAACGGGAAGGACUGGCAGCUGCUGGCUCAGAAGCUCCACAUAGACAGGAACCUGGGCUACUUUGCAUGCCAGGAGAGCCCGUCGUCGGUGAUUCUGAGCCUGUGGGAAGCGCAGCACCAGGACCCCGGGGACCUGGACUCUCUGGCCAGCGCCCUUGAAGAAAUCGGAAAGGUCCAGUCCCCCCGGGAGGCCGGCGCUCUCGGCUGCAGCAACGAAGACUCUGAGCUGACGAGACUCGGGUAGGGGAAAGGGUUUCUGGCGCAGUCCGAAUCCCGACAGACCUUUACUGCAUGAACGCCAACGAUCGGGUGUGCCGACAUACCCGCCGAGAGGAGGAGACUGUUACUAAAGGAACACCUCUGAUAAACCAAAUGGUCCACACAAGACACGAUGAAGUCGAGGACAGAUCGAGCGUUUGUGUUACGAGAGGUACCGAUGCGUUUUGGGGAAAGGUCGUCAGCGAGGUGAACCACCUUACGACGGAGAAACGCCCCCAAAUAAAACCUCCGAAGCUCAAUCCAGCCGCUCGUAGUUUCUGAUUUUAGACGUACGUGUGAAGGGUUUCCUUCAACCAGGACGGAGUCGUUUUCAAACGCACCCUUUCAGAACCAGACGUAAUCAAAUAAUCCAAGUGGCCGGAACAACAAAAAAAGAUAUCCUUACAGUAUUUUCUCAUUCAUUUUAUAGAUUUCUAAUGAAACUUAUUUUCUUCAGUGUAAAUUCAAUGUCUCUGUAGUUUUGAUUUAAACAGGAAGAAAGAUAUAAAGCUUUUUUUUCCCCUCUCCAUUCCAUAAGGUCAUAGACACUAACAGUGAUUAGUAUCUAAAAGGAUACUCGUCCACUUGCUGAGACAAUAAUGGACGGAUGAAUCACGCUGAUAGCUGUAAUUUUAAGAAUGAGCCACAAGCAUACAGGAGGAUUUUUCAACCGGCGGCAGACGGAGAAAAAUAUCAAAGCAGAGGCUGCAGAGGAGGAACGAGCUGAUCUGUGCCUCAUCUGGAAAAGCAGCCAGAGGUGAACCACUUACCCCCCAAAACCCACUGCACACACACACACACACACACACACACACACACACACACACACAUCAACCCAACCCACCCUGUGAGUUCAAGUAAUCAGCGUCUGGUUAAUUUGGAGGAAAUUUAAUGUGUGACAUGUGACUUCAUCCCACACAGCCUUCAUGUUUCUGGCACCAGUGAAGUGGGGUGUAUUUCCAAGAUCCCCGGGGCUUUUUUUUCUUCUUCUUCUUCUUCUUCUCCUCCUGCUAUAGGUUGAGUUCAAAUUUGGAUUUUUGAUGUGCGGUCAGAGCGGAGUCUCCUGCAGCCGGAGUUUGUCAAUUACCACUGCAUCAUCGUCAGCCUCACCAGCAGCAAUCUUCUGCUGACUCAGCUUUAAAAAAAAAAAAAAAAGUCCCUGCAAUCAGAGGCUCCUUAGAUUAAUAAUAAAGUGACUUUGUGUUCAACUCGGUGUUGGGACUCGCUUUCCAUCUGCUUAACUCAUUUACCUCUUGAAGACCAGGCGGCCCACAUUACGGCGUGAUGAAGGAAUCUGGUGUUCAAAUAAAAGAUGAAACUGAGACCCCUGACAUCCCCCCUUCUAAUGAUUUUAUAUGGAAUUGGGUUUUAGAUUUGUGAAAAAAAGUAUAUACAGAACCUAUUGGUGCUGUGGAAGAAGCCUUAAAAUAAAUGCAACUUUUAUUUCAGUGCCAUAAUCUUAUGUUGAGAAUGUAAUUUGAGUGCAUUUACUAUGGAGAAAUAAUAGUUUAUCCUUUCCUUUCACAAAACAAACAAGUUAUAAACAGCUAUGAUGCCAGUACUCGUUUCAUAAUUAUCAUAUAAUUAUUGUCCUUUAGAAUGACCUAAUGUUCAGUCACUUUUCUACCCAGAAUCCACCUGGUUCACCCAAAGCAUAACAGAUCCUCCACCGUGUCCCACGUUGAUGAUUAUUUAAAGGAGAAAAGCUCAAUUUUUACCAAACAUGGUUCCAAUUAGAAACUCGCCACACUUUAGUAAGCACAUGUUUAUGUUUGUGUUGGUAGGACAGAAAUGUUUUUUCUAUCUUAUGUGUCCAAUAGUUGCUACGGAGAUCCCAGGAGAUUAGUCUGUGCUGCAGUUUUCGUAACAAAAAGCUUUAUAGUGUUUUUUUGUUUUUGUUUUUCUUCAUUACUGUAUGUGGAAACAAGAUAAUUAUCCUACAUAAAGGCCAGUGGCAAAAAAAACACAGCCUCUGUGGUUCAUGGUGUUUAUACAGCAUGAAGUCAUGAAUUACUUAUUAAAAGUUCCCAGGCACACAGUGGUCAGCUUAAACAGGAUAUUAUA